CGCCACGGAGGCGAACAAAAGACUUGACGCUGCCACUCGCACGACUGACAAAGAUGAACUCUAGUUUUAGAUAAUAAUAGCACUAAUAUCGUGCUCGAAUGCAGCCUUUACGGUAUCUCGUCAAUGGUUGUGGUGAUAAUUCACUAUCAGUCAACGUAAAACCUUAUAACUCCACUUUUUGGAACUACAUCGCAACUUUCCCGUUUCGCUCAUCCACUAAAUGUGAAAUGUACAAAGAGCAAUAAAGAACAGACCCAUUCGGUAGUAGUACAGGUUAUAAAUAUCGAUGUUUGUGGAUAAAGCAGAAAGCCCACGCAUUCGAGUCACUUAAUGCAGCCCAAGACGAAUAAAAACAAUGCAGAAUUGACUUUAAUAAUUCGACUCAAAAUCGUCAGACGUUCUCUCUCACAUCGUUUCUCUAACAUUCGUAAAAAUACUCGCGAUAAUAUAUAAAGAUGAAAACUACUAACGUAGUCACGAGUACUAACGAGUUUCAUUCGAGAUUUAGAUCGUUAGGUUCUAAAUCUCGAAUGAAACUCGAGUUUGCGGUGCGCGCUGUACGGCAAUAAGGCAACAUGUAUACGCGGCUCGUCGUUCGGAAGUGCAUGCAGAGUAGGGUUUAACGGAGGGAAACUAACACGAUGGCGAUGUUGAGUUCAUUCUGCUCUUUGCGAGGCAAACUGUCGACAGCCGUUUUAGAAAAUUUCUGUGGAGAUCUAGAUAGAGCAUUGGAGAAAGAGGACAGAGGAGGAAAAAGGUCUCAUGUUUGACAAAGCGACCGCACAUCUGAAAGAAGGUGAAGGAAGAAAGAAAGAUACACGAUCCCAGCGAACGAUUGUAUCGUCAUUAAAUUUCGCUUGCAAGUGGCCCUUACAUGCGAGAAUAGACAAUUUGUAAUCGGAACUCUUCGUGUUACCAGCGAAUGCGAUGAAAAAACAUUUGCGAAUUUGACCGGAAUCUUAACCUAGCUUCAUUAGUAAACAUACACACAAAAGGAUUUUUGUGUGCGAUAAUAACAUUUAUAUAUAUCUACUUGACAACUUGUUAGAAAAAAUGUCACAGACAUUCGUCACACGUUUGAUCAAUCUUUUGGAGGAUCGCAAAACCAAAGAGGCUGUGGAAUUGUUCACAGCUGAGAACAGUUUGGCCGUCGAGGAUUCUCUGAGCGAGAUUGUGAGCAUCGCCAGUGGUCAUCUUACAGAAUCCAACGCACGCUCUGAGCAAACAUUAUUUGAGUGCUGCAAGACUAUAUUGAAUAUCAUAGCAAAGACAUAUAACCCCAAAGAGACUGUAUUGGAGUUCUUGCAGUAUGUAGAAUGUUUGGACAAUGACGUUAGAUUUUAUGCCCUCUUAGAGCCAUUGGGUAUAUGCAUGAUGGGAGCAAUGGACAAUAUCAGUAUUAUUGAAUGGACUGUCAGCACAAUUAAGUCAUAUGUUGAAGAUUUACCUGUACCUGGCGAGAUCGAUCAAGAGGUAAUCAGUUAUAGAAUCAUAAACGUAUUGGAAAGAAUCGUAUUGUUCUUGGAACCAUUGGUAGAAGAGGCAGCUAAGAUAAAUUAUGAACUCGAAGAGACCAGUUUGUUCGGAGAUUAUCUUUUGAGUCUUGUUAUUACUUUGUGUGGAAAACCCUUUUGCUACUUGAACGAAAGCAUUGUUGAAACUGUUACGUACAAAAAACUUUUACACAAGAUCAUGGCAUUAACUGUUGAUCUUACUGAAGAUAUAUUUUAUUUUUUGAACAUAGUUAGCAAUCGUUGCAGAAACAUUAUCCGCAGCAAAGUACAAAAUGAACAUACUGAGGAUUAUAUGCGUAGUAUGUUGUUUGAGUUGAGUCAUAAUGUAUCGGACUUGGCUUAUGCCAACUUUUAUUUUUACAUGAUUACCGAGGAAGAAGUGUGGAAGAUGGCACCACAGGUCUACAAUCCUUAUUAUAUUUUCGAGACAUGUUUGUAUCUUUUCAAAAUACUGCUUAGUGCCAAACAGGAGAUUUUAGUCUCAAACGGAUUGAUUUUCAUGGAGGAUAUUAUAAAGCGCAUCCGUCCUUGCUCUGUGCCUUCAGAUGUGUUGGAACUGAAAAUAUACAAGGAUCUGUUCCAGCUGAUUAUUAAAGUAAUGAUUUAUAGUAGUGUCGAUACAGACCGUAAAAAGGCAAUGCAUAUUUUCCAAAAAUACAUUGAGGUAUUUAACAUGGAAGCUAGGUAUUCAGUGAUCUCGCACUUGUACGAAAUCAGUGAGCAUUCCGGUGUGCUGAGCUUGAUUAUGGGUAUGUUCAAAACCUCCAUCAUAGAGUGCUUGAAUUCAAUCCCUCGGGAUCCCCACUUCCUCGGCAGAAAUAUGGAACUGAUGUUGAGAAAAAUCUGCAAGUUGCCGCAUGGGAGCACGUCGGAUCUGGUGGAGAUAUCGGAUGAGGUGAUAACCGCGCUCAACUUGUUGCGAUUCUUGCUUAUCCGGGAUAAGAGCAACGAGACCGGCAUCUGGAAUAUGAUGGACGUGAUCCAACGCGACUACCUGAAACCGCUGAGAGAGGGAAUAGAUAUGUGCAAGAUACAUUGGAAAAUAAAGGCGAAGGACUUGGAACUACAGAGGAAAGGCAGCUCUAAAAACGACGACGUGGGAAAGGACACGGAGGUGACACUGACCGUCGGCGGUGAACGAUUGCCGGUUAUGCCAAUCGCGGAUAAAAUUGCGUUCUGCAGUCAGGCGAUAAACGGACUGGAUAUAAUGGAAAGCAUUCUUAUCAGAGUCAACGAGUGUAUGGACGAAUACAAAGCCGAGCAAGCGAACGAAUGUUUCACUGAAUAGAAAUGAAACCAGUCGUGAAAAGAUACUCUUUACUGAUGAUAAUAUGUUGCUAUAUAAUGUGUCGUGUGUAUGCAAUUGAGCAGAAAAGUUGAUGAAGUAAAAAAUUGUAUGACUGAUACAUUUGAUGCUUAAUAAAAGGUUUUUAUCGUACGCUUCCUGCGAUAUGAUUACCUGAUUAACUGAAUACUAUAAAAUUCAUAAUUCGUUAAAAUUCUUCCAUUAUAAAACUCCAUCUACUUCUCCGAUAUACACAUGUCCACUAUAGAUAACUUUAAAAGUAGAUAUCGAUUU